AUGGCUAAUGGAAACAAUCAAGUUCUGCUUCCAAACACUCAACAACCAGAUCUCCCUCUCACCUUAAUUACCAUUCAUAAUUCUAUCAAACUUACCUCCACCAACUAUCUCUCGUGGAAAACACAGAUUGAAUCCAUUCUCAUUGGUUAUGAUUUACACAAAUUCAUUGAUGGUUCCUUUCCUUCUCCUCCUGCCACGACCACUAUCAACAAUGUCGUUUCCCCCAAUCCUGCAUAUCAGACGUGGCUACGGCAAGACAAACUCUUGUUUGGAGCUCUUGUUGGCACCAUCUCAACCAAUCUUGUGCCGCUCAUCACACAAUCCCCAACAUCUCACGAUGCUUGGAAGACACUCGCCAACACCUACGCUCGUCCCUCUCGUGGCCAUAUCAAACAGCUCAAAGAAAACCUGAAGAGCAUCUCCAAAGGGUCACAAUCUGUUACUGAUUAUAUGCAAGCCAUCAAAACCAAAGCUGAUGAACUUGCCACACUUGGGAAACCGCUUGAUCAUGAAGAUCUAAUUGAGAAAGUCUUGGACGGUCUUGAGGACACCUACCAAUCAGUCAUUGAUGCAGUCAACAGCCGAGACACCCCGAUUACCUUUGAUGAACUCCAUGAGAAGCUCAUUCACAAGGAGCUCUCCCUGCGCAAUAUCUCACCCUCCCCAGCCUUACCAGCCUCUGCCCACCUCACAAAUACCCGCUCCAACCCACGCCACACAACCCACCGUCCAUCCUGGCCAGCCACUAUUCCAUCACCGCACCCAGCUCCUAAUUCAUACCACCAAUCUGCUACCAAACCCAACCGUCCCUUUUUAGGAAAAUGCCAGUGGUGCCGGACUCAAGGCCAUGUUGUCUCUCAAUGCCCUCUUUUUCGUCAACAAUUCCCUCACGCAACACCACCACCUCGCCCACACACAUCCACUCCCAUCCGUUCCCCUUCCCCUUCGCCUACUCAAGCACUUCUAGCAACCACAUCUUCCUCACCAGAGUCUUGGCUGUUUGAUAGUGGUGCAACUCAUCACGUUACAACUGAUCUUCAGAACCUUGCCAUUCACAGUCCCUAUGACGGUCCGGAUGAAAUCAUGAUUGGUGAUGGCUCUGGCGUUCCAAUUACUCACACGGCGUCUUUACGCCUCCCGUCAUGUCCGCUUUGUAGAGUCUAUUUUUCCCUUUGCAAAAUCUCAUCUAAAUGCUCCUCGGGUCACUUCCUCCACUCAGUCCGAGUGGUGCUCUCUAACCUUACCUCUAAUACCUGCUGUACCCACCUCCCAAACAUCUUCGUCUCACACUCCAUCUACAUCAUCAACCCUCAGUCCCACCUCUGCAUCAGACCCAUCUCACAUCACUUCACCCGCACAACCCUCAUCCUCUACCCCGGACCAUACUCCCUCCCCUGUAAACCCACCUUUGUUACCAUCUUCAGGUAUCAUUACUCGCUCCAAACACAACAUCCACAAACCCAUUCAAAAACUUAA